AUGAGGAAAUCAAUUUCUAAGAAGUAUAUUCCUUUGACAAAGCCUUCACAAUCUUCACAGCCUUCAAAGCCUUCAAACAGGAAAGGAAAUGCAGAAAAAGAAGCAUCGCCAAAUACUUAUAAAGCUUCUCCUAGUAAAGGAAAUGCUGAGAUUUCUAAGCGUGAUAGGAGGAAAAAGAACAAAGAGCCAUCAAAGUCUAUUGAAAAUGACAGUGAUGAUGAAGCUUUAGGUGUGAAGGAUGAUGAAAAUGGUGAUGAUGCUGCUCAAGAGGUUGAUAAAGAUGCUGAAGAAGAUGUAGCAGAAGAAGAAGAAGAUGAUGAUAAAGAUGAUGAACAACUUGAAGAUGGUGAAGGUGGAAUGGAAAGUGAAACACAUACACCAGUUGAAGGUGACCACGAUGCUCUGUCAAUUCCUGUGUUUGAGUUUGCUAUGAUGACUGUAUUGAACUGUGGUGGCAAACCUAGUAAAGAAGCUAUGAAGAAAGUGAUGGAUGAUGACCAAGCAUUCCGCAACAAAGUUUGCCAAUCUAGCAGGAAGGGGUGGAUGCAGAGCUGUUUUUGA